AUGAACAUCACACGCUUUAGACACACACCACAUCACUUCCUCCCUCUUUACAUUUCCAGAAAAUUCGCAAUGGAUGCUGGUAAAGAGAUCAGGUACAAAGAAACAUUUGAUUCCCGUGCCAAACAAUCUUACGCUCAAGGCAUAAUUCCUCAUAUUCUCCAUUUAUAUGGAUCAAAGGCCACAGCUCGUGAUUUUGAAAUCUAUGCUCCCGAUGCUUCCUUUGAGGAUCCCCUUAUGCGUGCACACGGGGUCAAGCAGAUCAAAUCCGCAUUCUAUUCUCUUCCAAAGGUGUUUAGUGAGUCAAAGAUUGUGGAAUACAGUGUUGAAGAAAAUAUGGUUUCACCAGGAAAAGGAGAGAUACUAAUUGACAAUAAGCAACACUACAAAUUUUUGGGGAAGGAUAUAGAUUUGGUAUCGCUAAUCAAGUUGUCUGUCGAUGAGGGUAAAGUUGUCCGCCAUGAGGACUGGUGGGACAAAAAACCAAUUUCAAAUCGAGAUACUGUAAAGCUGCCGUUGCUUGGCCGAGUUGCAGAAAUGACUCGCAGGGGAUCAAUGCUGGCAACUCAUGUGCUUAUGAGGUUCGGGAAAGACCCAAACGUGUGA